AUAAGAGAAAUUAACCUUAUAUAUAAAAUUUAAAUAAUUUUUAUUAGUUUGCCUGAGACGACGAAAAAUCAUCAAAUUGAACACGACCAAAAAUGUCAUUGAGAUGUGUUUAUCAAACUUUGUGCACUGAAUUUUAUGAAACAAAAGAGUCAGUUGUUAAAAUAAAUUUACGAAAUAUUUUGAAAUAAAAUUAAGCUUUUAAUAUAUGUAUAUACUCGAAAUUACUCGUAUAUAUGAAUACAUUGUGACCGUCGAACAUAUGAGUAUUUUAUAACAUUCACAAUGGCAUGGAUUGGUGAACCGCAGAAAACUCACCAAUUUUUGUAGUCCUUUUUGCGAAUUUUGAAUACAUUCAUCAGUUUGGUCAUUGUUGGUUGAUUGUUGGAAAAAUCGAAGCGGUGAAUCGGAAUCGGGAAAGACGUCGGACGUUGCAUUUUCCGACAAUUAAAAGUUAUUAUUUUUUGUUAAAGAUUUACUUUCGUAUUAGGUUUCCCCUUCACUUGGCUGAUUGUGUCGUAGUUGCUAUUCCGUUUAUUAACGUUUUGUGAAUUGAUAACUGCUUUUGGGGGCUGCCUCUCCACACGUUGUUGUGUGUGCAGCGCGAACAUUUGUUGUUGUGCGGAUGCAAGAUGACUGACGUCUACGACGGCAACGGUGACUACGCAACAUACAACGAUGAUGAUGACUAUAGCAAGCAACGUAAAGGCGGUUGUGUACCGGGAGUAGAUCCUCAUAAUGGUGAUAGCUCCAAUCAUGAUCUACACCACCAUGUAGGCGGAGUUGUUGGUAGCGGUGGUGGUGGCGGUGUUGUCGGUGGUGGAAUGGGAAUGAUGGGAGGCGGUGGCGAAGGUGGUCAAUUGAACGAUAAGGCAAACGAAUACAUUCGUGAUUGUAUGGCGGAGAAAAAUCGUAUGGAUAGAAAGUUUCCAAUUGCCGAAAAACUAAUGGACUGUGAAAUCGAGAAGGUCCAAUCGAUGGGUCGCAUACCGCCUCGCGAACAAAAAUAUGCGGAUAUUUAUAGAGAAAAACCUCUACGUGUUUCUCAAAAGGUAUUGGUGCCAAUUCGGGAACAUCCCAAGUUUAAUUUUGUUGGAAAAUUAUUGGGACCAAAAGGAAAUUCCUUGCGCCGGUUGCAAGAAGAGACACUUUGCAAAAUGACCGUACUAGGACGCAAUUCAAUGCGUGAUCGUGCGAAGGAAGAAGAAUUGCGUUCGUCAAAAGACCCAAAAUAUGCACAUUUAAAUAGUGAUUUACAUGUGGAAAUCUCUACAAUCGCUCCACCGGCAGAAGCUUAUGCACGUAUCGCCUAUGCAAUGGCUGAGCUACGCAAGUACUUAAUACCUGAUAGUAACGACGUUAUACGACAGGAGCAACUAAGAGAAUUAAUGGACAAUACAGGCAUUUCUGACGAUGUCACUAAGUCAGCAUAUAAAAAAAUACCGCAUCAGCCGCCUAGUAGUAAUCUUGCUGGCGGUGGUGUUGGUAGUGCUAGUGGCGGUUGUGGCACUGGCGGUGUUUUGGGUGGUGCUAGCGGCACGAUGGGAGCAGGAGCUGGUGGUACCAAUAUGUCUAUGGGUAAAGGGGCGCCACAUCAUGCAUACAGAACCCCACAAUCCACGCAAAAUUUGCAAUUUAAUAAAAAUACGGUAGCACCCAAGCAAAAGGUUUUGUCCAUAUUAGAAAAGGCUCGUACUGCUAUGGAAGAAACAUAUGGACGCGGCUACGAAGACCCAAUAUCAUAUGAACAGCCCACUUACGAUGCUUACCCCUAUGGCCAUGGACCGAAUACUCAUGCACAUACUGGGCAUGUCCCAAGUAAUACCGGCAUAGGCACAGCAAAUAUGGCACCGCGUGGACCCUAUGAUGUUUCCGAUUAUGAAACUGAUUACAAUAGAAGAGACUAUUAUCCCAAUUCGUCGAAUUUCGGAGGUGGCGGAGCUUCGACUAUGCAUUCAAAUCACAACACUGGCAUAAACCCGAAUCAUAAUCGAAGCCACGUUAAUAGGUGAAAUUCGUUCGCCAAACUACACACAAAUGCAAGUAUUAUUGCGUCGCACAUUACCACAGCAGCUACAGCAGUCACCACAAAUAACACCUCCCCAACAAACGCCAGAGUCGGACAGUGUAUCAAUAACAGUAGCAACAAUUAUUACAGCAACAAUAACAACAGUAAUAAUAAUAAUAAUAAAACCACCGUUACACCCACACAAUCCCAAUUUAAUAACAACCAACAAAAUGUGAACCAACAAAUCUCAAUUGGGCAAAAUGUUGGCGGCGGUGGUGCAAAUAAUACGAUAACUGGCUUAGGGCCCACAAUGCAACAGCAAUUUAAUACGAAUGCGAAAAAUAACAACACUCAACUGUUAUCACAACACCAGCAGCAGCAGCAGCAACAACAGCAACAGCUGUCAGCGAAUACGUUACAACAAACGCCGCAACGGCAUCAACUAACCCACCCACCGCCACCACGUCAAUCACACUCUUACCCUUACAACACCAACAAUAAUAAUAAUAAUAAUCCUAAUCUUAAUAUGAACAAUGUUGCGCCCAAUAUGUCCGCUAACAAUAUAGUGAAACCACACCAACAACAACAACAACAACAAACUUACACGCCAAUCACAGCAACACAACAACAUAUUAAUGGUGCACUAACGACAACAGGGAACGCUACGCAGAAGUCGCUAACUCAGCCACUACAUAAACAACAACAACAACAACAGCAUCAGCAGCAAACAACGACUGCUGUCAACAAUAAUAGUAAAAUAGCAGGUCCAAACAUGUCAGCGACUAAUAUGUUCUUUGUAAGGCCAACAAAUCCAGCACCACCACAACCAUUACACAUUGGUGAAUUGCAACCUUUUGUACCGGUGCAGCUCUUUUAAAUUUUACACAGCUCAGCUAUGACUACAAGAACAAAAGAAUAAAGAAAAGAAGUAGAAGUAAUUAAAAUGCUUCUUAGGCAACAGCAACACAGGAUAACAUAGAAAGCAUUAUUUAUCUUUACAAUUAUAAAAUAUUGCUUGCGUUCGGUUGCUAGCAAAGGAAAUGUGUCGAAAAACUUACAUACAAACAAGCAAACAAACUUGCAUAAAUUUAUAGAAAAUGUUCCAGUGAUUAAAAAUGUGAAAUUCAGCAUUGCAGUGAACAGCAAUUUAAAUAUGUAUUAACAAGUAAAUAUAGAUUUCUAUGUUUAAAUCAACGAAAUAGGGAAAAGAAUGACAAAAAAACAAAAUAAUAAUCUAAAACAUGAUAUAAACGCAAAAUACAAACAUGACGUUAAAUCAAGCCCACUUACAUACAUAAACACAUACAUACAAUGUAUUUACAUACAAACAUUUACAUAUAUACAUAUAUAUGUAUAUGCCUGCGGGCUAAUGUUUAAGACGCAUAUUAUUUAUAAAAGUAAGCUCUUAUCUAAAAAUAAAUGAUAUUUAUAUAUUUAUAUUCUUAAUGAAACUAAUAGCAAGAAAAUACAAUAAGAUAAACAUCUAAACAAAGCAAAACAAAGAGAAAAGCUAAUGGCAAGUACCAGAAAGGUUAAACUUAUCGAUAAAGUAGAGCGCUUACAAAGGGAGAAGAAUCAAAGAUGACAUGAAACAUGCAAACAGAAUUACUUUCAACAAUUUUACAAAAAAGAAGAAGAAAAAAAAACAAAGACGAAUGAAUACAAAAAAUAAUAAACAUUAAAAUUAAUUAACAAAACAAUAUAAAUUUAAAAUAAUAAUAAAAAUAACCAGUAAUUGUAUGUGUUAAAAGCCUAUUUAUUACAUAUUUUAAGCUCAAAUUGCAAAUUAGUAGCUAAAAGUAUAAUAUUAUAAUGGCAUUAAAAUUGAGAAAUUUAAAAUAUAAACAACUUACUACUAAAAACAAACAUGAACGGCAUAUAAAUUACAGGAUUUAAGCAAACACAUAAAUACAAACAUAUACAUACAUAUGUAAACGAAAUGAACGAACUGAAUAUUGAUUUACAGAUAUACGGAAAAAUAUGUUAUAAAGACCAAGCUUAUGCUUUGCCUAUUUCUUUAAUUAAUUUUUUAUAAAUAUAAUUUUAAAAUUUUUUUUUGUUAUUAUAAUUUUAAAAUUAUUAAUAACUUAAUUUUUUUUUAAUAUUAAUAAAUACAUAAAAAUAUAUUUUUUUGUUAUUUAUAGUUUUUAAUAUUUCAUUUAUUUAAUACCUUUUAUAUAUUUUUAAUUUAUUUUUUUUUAUAUUUUUGUAACUUUUUACAUUUUUAGUUUUUUUUUAUACAAAAAAAAAUUUUUUUAAUUUUUCUUUUUAGUAUUAAAAAAAACAUAUUUAAAAUAUUUUUUUAUGUUUUAUAUUUUAUUGUUUUUGGUAAUGCGCGUUGUCUUUUUGUAAUAUGUGCUACAAAAAAUGUGAAAUGUAAAUUUCAAAAUACUUUGACCAAUUUCCGCAAAGACCCGCUUUCUUUUAUCUAAUUUGUAUGUAUAAUUGUUAAUGCACACCGGUAUUAUAGAUUUGUUUUGAUCAAAAAAUGUGACUUAGCUCUGGUUAAAAAAAAAAAUAAUAAUUUCUGUACACAUUUCUUUUGUAUAAUAACACUUUUAUAUUAUGAUUCUCAUUAUAUACUAAUUUACUUUAGAUAAUUUUUUAUUUGUAAACACAAACUGAAAACUUUAAAUUCAGAAAUUAAAAAAUUAUAUGUUUUCAUUGUGAAAAUUAUCUUUUCCAUAAUUUUCAUUAAUUAAAAAAUUUAAUAUAAUACCAUAAAAGUGAUAACUGAAAACUCACCACACAAUUGUAGAGAAGUUUAAUAACUAAAAGACAUUAAAUUUAUUUUGAAAAAUAUGAACUCAUUUCUUAAAUACAGCAAAAAUUAUAACAUUUUAGAUGAAGAAGUCAAGAUCUAAUUCCAAUUUUUUUUAUUUAAAAAAAAAAUUAUGAAUAUCCCAAAAAAUUAAAGUUUAAAAUUUUGAAACUACGCAUUUCCUGUAAAAAAAAUUAUACAUAUAUAACAAUUUUCUUAAAUAUUUAAUAUAAAAAUUCAACGCGUCAUGAUUUUUAGUUAAUUUGAACACAUUUAAAAACACGUCGUUAUUGCUGUAUCCUCAAUUAUUACAAAUUUGUUAAUCAAAUUUUCUGUUCUGUCAAUUAACGAUUUUUUUAGGAAUGCAAAUGUAGAAUUGCAAAAGAAUCAUGAUUACUUUCUGCUAAUUGCUAAUAAAUGCAAAUAUUGUUGGAAACAAUAAAAAAUACACAUACAUAAAAAACACAUAUACACACACUUAACAAUAUACCAGUACAUUUAUACAAUACAUAUAAUUUGUAACUAAAUCUUAAAAAAUCAUAAAGUUAUUAAUUAAUAUUAUACUUACGAGCAAAAAUAAAAAAAAUAUAUAUUAUUGUAACACAUAUACAAUUAAAACAUAACAUGCUGAUAAAGUACAUAAAAGUAAACCAAGCAAUCGUUAAAUCGAUCUUGAAAUAUAUAAAUAAAAGUUAUACAUAUACAUAUACACAUACAUAUAUAGAAUGGAAAAUAAUAAAAUACUUAAAAUCGCUAUAUCGAUAGAAGAAAAAGAUAAAAAAAAGAUUAAAAAAAACUAAAAUAUUACUUACAAUAAUUGCAGCAGUCAGUGUAUAGUAAAAAAAAAGAGAUAAAAAAAACAAAAACAAAAUAGAAAUUUCUGCACAUAUAUAGCAUGCGUAGCGUACUGUCUAUAACGCUGCCGGCAUAAGUUUUGUGUGUUCUAUCUUCUCGGAUGGCGUUUAUAAUGGAUCCCCUCGUCGAAUGACGACUACUUCUUUGAAAAUGUGCUGUUCUGUGCAAUUAAUAAUAAAUAUUACCCUACAAAUGAAAAUAAUUGAAUAAAUAAAUGGCAUACAAUAAAAUAUAAAAA